AUGACGUUGUCUCCAUUUGCCGAAAGUUCGUUCGCCUUGUUGAGCUCACUGUCAUUGCGCGCUGAACAAGAUCGUCAGGCCGACCUCCACAUAAUUAAGAUAUGCACACAGACUAUUGACCAUGCUCUGGUCUGCACCCAUGGAAAGUUUCAAUCUCCAAUGGAUCAACAACAGAAUGAUUGGCUCGAGACAGAGGCUAGGAUAACUAAUACCAUAAAAGCGAUCCAGCUGCGUUCAGAUUUGAUAAAGCAUAUUGGCCCUCUCCAUGAAUUCGGAGGUUGCAACCACAUCAACGGUAACUUCUCUGCCGUAGUGCUGCCGCUGUACGCAUUUCUCCACGAUUCUGUUCUUGAGGCUGAAGACACCUCUACGGAAUCUCAAAUGCAAGCCGAAGCUGGUCUACGCCUUUUGAUUGCAAAGGCAUGGAAAAAUUCGAUCGACACAACCAUAAAGGAAAAGCACGUCGAAUUCCAGUCCUUCGAGGAAUACUUGGAGUUUCGCAUGAUUGAUACUGGUGCACCAUUCGUGGAGGCUCUCAUGCUUUUCGGUAUGGCCAUGACGCUCACGCCGCAAGAAGAUGCUGAACUUGGUCCCAUCAUUCGGCCAUGUUUCGCCGCUUUGGCUCUGACGAACGACUACUUCUCGUUUGAUCGAGAGAUGGCAGAAGCUGACACUUCUACCCUUAUCAAUUCGGUUUCCAUCGUAAUGCGUCUUCAGAACCUAUAUAUCUCGACGGCGAAGGAAGUCAUCAACGAAACCAUACAAAAGUACGAACGAGAGUUUCUUCGACGCAUUGACGUGUAUAAGAGUCAGAGGAGCCAGUCUCGGAAAAGAUUCAGCAUCAGUGGAAAUCUAGCCUGGAGCCUCAAUUGUCCUAGAUACAAUCCAUACUUUAGUUACGGUUUAGAGGCAUGUCAACAGAAGGAAUGA